AUUGCGCGGGUCUGUCAAAAAUAUCUGCCCCUUAAAUGUAUCCAGCCAACGCUUCAGCUAGUGCUUGUAAUGAUUAUAUAGCUUUCGUUUAACGUUGUUUGUCUGAUCAAAUUUGUCAAAGGAGAACACCGGUAUGUUGUAUGUAGCCUCCUUAGCAGAAUCUCAAGCGUUAAAUUAGUAUACGUGACAGACAGUCCAUAAAUUGGAUUAGCGCUAAGUAAAGCCACCAGUGAAUGAUAGUUUAGCAAACUUGCUAGCCAGUUAGCUAAACGGUAUGUUUAGAGUGAAGACUUGAAAAUAUAACGUUAACGUUACAUUUUGACAAACUGUGAUUUGCUAUGCGUUAACCAACGUUAGCUGUCAAUUUAAGACACGAAUGGUAACAUUAAUGUAACGUUAGCUAGACAAUUCCGCGUGUGUCGUCCUUCACCAUUUUAGGGUGUGUGCUACCGUUACAUACAUUAGGGUUACAAGGUUAACGUGGUAACGCUAGCUGUCAGCUCGUGUAGAAGUCAUUAACGUUAGGUCAACAACAUGGAUAACGUUAGUUUUAGUUCGCAGCGGUUUGAAUCCACUAGCAGUAAAUCUCAAAAGAGGAAGGGUUCUUCCAACCAAAACACAUGUAAUGAUGAAGGAGACCGCAAACCAAAGUUUCACUUACCCUUUAGAAACAUCACAGAUGAUGUGCUGGACAGAUUCGCCAGUAUUCGGAUUCCGGGUAGUAAAAAGGAGCGGCCACCCCUAUCACACUCUAAACACAACACGAAUGAUUGGUCCAUUUCUUCAUCAUCUACCGCGCAUCAGUUUGAGGAACUUUCAUCCAAGAUCACCUCAGAAAAAGAGAUCUUGGCUCUGUUUGAAAAGAUGAUGGAGGACAUGAACUUGAAUGAGGAAAAAAAGACUCCUUUGAGAGAAAAGGACCUCAACACAAAGAGAGAAAUGGUCAUCCAGUAUGUUUUUACUGCCUCUAAAACUGGUAGUUUGAGAAGCAGCCAUCAGAUAUCUCCCCAGGAAUUCCUGGGAGAGCUGAAGUCGGGGGUUAUGGACGAACGUCUGUUUGCCUGUCUAGACUCAUUGCGGGUGUCCCUUACCAGCAACCCUGUCAGUUGGGUGCAGAGCUUCGGCCAUGAGGGUCUUGGACUGCUGCUGGACAUUUUGGAAAGGUUGCUGUUCAAGAAACAGCAAGAUAAGCUUGACAAAAAGAAUCAACAUAAAGUUGUCCAGUGUCUCAAAGCCUUCAUGAACAAUAAGUAUGGGUUGGAUCGAAUCCUGGGAGAGGAGAAAAGUCUUGCGUUACUGGCAAGAGCCAUUGAUCCCACCCAGUCUGCAAUGAUGACUGACGUGGUAAAGCUACUGUCAGCCAUCUGCAUCGUGGGCGAAGAGAACACUUUGGAAAAGGUCCUUGAAGCCAUCACCACAGCAGGGGAAUGGCGAGCCAUCGAGAGGUUCAGUCCCAUUGUGCAGGGACUACGAGAUCGCUCGGUUCAAUUACAAGUGGCAUGCAUGCAGCUCAUCAAUGCACUAGUAACAUCCCCUGAUGAGCUGGACUUCAGGCUGCACAUCAGAAAUGAAUUCAUGCGCUGUGGCCUGAAAGAAAUAUUGCCGCAUCUGACAACCAUCAGGAAUGAGGCCCUUGACAUUCAGCUAAAGGUAUUUGAGGAGCACAAAGAAGAGGACAUGAUAGAGUUCUCUCACAGGCUGGAAGACAUCAAAAGCGAACUGGAUGAUGUGGGGGACGUGUUCAGUAUUGUACAGAGCAUGGUGAAGGACAGCAGUGCAGAGCCCUAUUUCCUGUCUAUACUGCAGCACCUGAUGCUUAUACGCAACGACUACUUGGUCAGGCCCCAGUACUUUAAGAUCAUUGAGGAGUGUGUGUCUCAAAUUGUGCUCCACCGUAGCGGCACUGACCCAGACUUCAGUUACCGCAAGCGCCUAGAUGUGGACUUCAGCCACCUCUUAGAGGUGUGUGUAGAUAAAGCUCGAACUGACGAGUAUGAACAGAGAGCUUCAGACCUGGCAGAGAAGUUUGACGAGGAGUUUCUAAGCAGACAGGAGGCACAAGCUCAGCUGGUUAAGUGUGAUGAAAAAAUAGCUGAACUCCAAGCAGAGCUGCAGGCCUUCAGGUCCCAGUUUGGAGCUGUACCUGUGGGUCUGUCCUCUGCCCAUGUUGGACAGGCGUCCUCUUCCUCACCAUUCUCAUCUGGGCCUCCACCCCCUGCUGCAGCAGCUGGGAUGCCAGCUCCCCCUCCUCCGCCUCCUUUGCCUGGUUGUCAUGCCCCACCUCCCCCGCCUGGAGUGCCUCCUCCAUUUGGUGCCCCCCCUCCACCCCCUCUAGGGUUUGGGGGUGGUCUAGGCUCCCCCACCCACCAUGCAUUGCCUUUUGGCCUCAGGCCUAAGAAGGAUUUCAAGCCUGAGACCUCCAUGAAACGCCUCAACUGGUCCAAGAUUCGUCCCCAGGAAAUGUCAGAUGGCUGUUUCUGGGUGCGGGCUGAUGAGAACCAAUAUGCGAAACCAGAGUUACUGUGCAGAGUUGCUCUCACUUUUUGUUCACAAAGAACAGAAACCAAGGACUGUGAGGAGAGUGUCCCAACAGAGGAGCCACCCAAAAAAGAAGAGGAGGAUCUGGAGGAUAAAAAAUCCAUAAAGAAAAGAAUUAAAGAGCUCAAGGUGCUAGAUCCUAAGAUUGCACAGAAUCUAUCCAUCUUCCUGGGUUCCUUCCGUAUGCCUUACCAGGAAAUCCGUCGGAUGAUAGUGGAGGUGGAUGAGGAGCAACUCACUGAACCGAUGAUCCAGAACCUUGUGAAGCACCUACCAGAGCAGGAGCAGCUGAACGCCUUGGCCAAGUAUAAAAAUGAGUACGCAAAUUUGUCGGAGCCUGAGCAAUUUGGGGUUGUGAUGAGCAGUGUGAAGAGGCUGCGUCCUCGCCUGAGCCACAUCCUCUUCCGGCUGCAGUUUGAGGAGCAGGUAAACAACCUGCGUCCAGAUAUCCUGGCUGUUAACGCUGCGUGUGAGGAGGUCAGGAAGAGCCACUCCUUUGGCCGCUUGCUGGAGCUGGUGCUGCUGCUGGGGAAUUACAUGAACGCAGGAUCUCGAAACGCCCAGUCAUAUGGCUUCGACCUCAGUUCCCUCUGCAAGCUGAAGGACACUAAGUCAGCGGACCAAAAAACCACAUUACUUCACUUCCUGGUGCAAGUAUGUGAGGAGGAAUUUCCAGAUGUGAUCAAGUUUGUUGAAGACCUGGAGCAUGUGGACCGAUCUAGCAGAGUGUCUGCAGAGAAUCUGGAAAAGAGCCUCAGGCAGAUGGAGAUGCAGCUGCUGCAGCUGGAGAGAGACCUGGAGACUUUCUCCUCCCCCGAUGACCCCAACGACAUGUUCCUCACUAAAAUGGCUAGCUUCAGCAAGGUUGCCAGGGAGCAGUAUGGCAAGCUGGUGAUAAUGCACCGCAAUAUGGAGACGCUAUAUCAAAAUAUGCUGGAGUACUUUGCCAUCGACCCCAAGAAGACCUCUGUGGAGGAACUGUUUACAGAUCUCAGCAACUUCCGUGCCAUGUUCACUCAAGCACUGAAGGAAAACCUGAAGCAGAGGGAGUCAGAGGAGAAACAGAGGAGGGCACUGGCGGCAAAGGAGAAGGCUGAGCGUGAAAAGCAGGAGAGACAACAGAAGAAGAGGAGGUUGCUGGAAGUCAAUGCAGAGAAUGAUGAGACAGGUGUGAUGGAUAGUUUGCUGGAAGCCCUACAGUCAGGAGCUGCUUUUAGAGACCGCAGGAGGAGAGCACCAAGACCCAGAGAGAACCAGCAGCAGGUGAUCAGCCCCAGCUCCUUCCGCCAGGUUCUCAGGCCUGUUAACCAUGAAAACAACAAGGCACCUUUGCAAAGGUCUCGCUCUCGGCAGAAUAUAAAUUUAGGUUCAGCGGUGGUGAAAGCUCCCCCUGCCAAGGAGGCCCAUAACGAGUCUGAGGGCCAUCCAUCUGCAGCCCGCACCAAGACUGCUGCAUGUUCGGAGUCAGGCCGCAGGUACAGGAACACCCCGAGUCACAGCCACUGGCUGGACAGAGAGAGGGUGGUGGAGAGAGAGACUGUUAAGCUGACGGAAAAUAAGAUGGAGGUUGAAGCAGAGCCUCCGGCCUUCCAGCCGUCCUCCACUGCUGCUGCGGUCAGCAGCUGUGGCAGCAAUGGAGAGUCCGACUUAGAGGCUCUCCUGGCCAAACUCAGGGCCUUGUGAGGUUCCUUUGCAUUGUCUCUGAAACUACAUACAUUUACAGUAUGUUUGUACCCACACGUAUUAACACACUCCAAUGUGACCAAAAAGAUUUAGGUGCAACAAUUUAGUAAACAAGCAGAAUAUGUAGUUGGUAAGAAAAGGAUUUGUCAUUGCGUAAAUAGCAGGGCAAUUGAAUUAAGCAAUAACAUCAAAUAACCAACAAGGAUUUUUUUUAAAGCUUCGUAGAAAAUACAUUUGUUUAAACAACCUAUACAUUUAUGGACCAUGCUUUUAACACUCGAUACAUUUCUAAAAGAAUAUUGAGAAAGGUGGAACACAGAAUGUCCUCAGAAAUAAAUAAUAUAUUGUGAAUCAAUGGAAACACUUAAGCAUAUUACCAAAAUGCAACCCAAAUAUAUUCAGCAGUAUCUACCGGAUCCUGUAAAGUGCACUGCCAAAAGCGUUGGCUGCCAUUCAUAUAUUCUUAACUAUGAGAAUAUAAUAUAACGUUUUGUCUGAAAGUAAAAGAUGCAAUGUAGGUAAGCACUUUCUUUGUAUUCUAGAAGUAUGCAAUAUUAUGUUAUCACAUUUUCUUUCACAUUGGCAUUUCCUAUAAUAGCUUCUGUAGCAUUUAUUUUACACAUUUAUCAUAUUAUCUUGUACUAUCUGGAUUUAAGUUUUUAAUUACACAUCAGUUACUUUCAUAUGUGUGUUAGAAUUAAAAGACGUUAAGCUUAUAUCUGCAUUUAUUACUUUCAGUAUUUAAUUAUUUUCAAUGUUUUUCUCUCUUUUUUUUUUUCGUCUUCGUUGAGUCUUUUUCAUUCCCGCGAUGGGGUGUCUUUUAUAUUCAAAGCAUUGAUCUAAUUGUUUGUAUUUUCUAAAAAGAAAGCAUUCUAUAAAACUAUAAAUAUGUAUACACAAAGGAUCAAUGAAUACGAGUUAUGCCAUUUGAUUGUACUUUCACAAGUUAGAUCAGUAAUUAGAUGUUAGUUGACAAGUCGAGUUUGGUUUUACUAGGCUGCUUUAUUUCAUUUAUACACAGUGAGAACAAGUCUGCAGAAAGUUAAGCGUAUCUGAGAGUAUUAAUGUUCAAAAUGUGGCACAAAAGAAACAAGUUCAUCCAGCCACAAGUUAACCAGAGUUGAUGCUGCUUUUCGCCACCUACAUUCCCACCAAAAUUACUCAUAUCUUAAGCAUAUUUGUUGUCUCUUUAUCCGCUCACUUUUAUAUAGACCCGUUUACAAUAAAAUGAAGCAAAAAAAAAUACGUUGUCUCGUUUCAUAAAUCACGAAAGUUUCAACUGUAUGACUGAAAUGAAUACAUGUCAAUGUUUGUGUGGCUGUUUGUGUUUAUUUAUGCUUGUUUUAUUCUCAGUGUGUUGCUUAUAGUCAUUAUACUUUAACAUUUACCAAGUUAGAGUGCAGAAACACGGAUCACAGCCUCUCUGUGGCUAAUUUAAAUAGUUGCAUUGAUCAAGUAUACGACUUGAUUCGUGAUAAAUAGGACUUUAGUAUUCAGCCUUCAGUUAGCUUGUAUGUGCUUGUAAUUGUAAUAAAGAUAUUUGGGGAAUAUGUUAGCAGCACCUGCCAGCUGAACUGACACUUUGAUGGUGGAGACGACAUGAGACAAUCGACACAGGCCCAAAUGGCUCAGAUCAUCUGUGCCCAAAUUCUCCCAAGUGAUGAUUUACUCCUUUUAUUAAGUGUUCACAAUAUUUUCUCUACCCCCUGUACUGUUUUUUUUUUUCUGCAUUUGCUUGGCUUUUAGGUGGGCAUUCCUUUAGCAGGACAACAUGCUGCUAAGAGAGAACUGUAAGUGUUACUACAUGUUUUUGUCCACAUAUCGGUGGUCUGUCGGUGGCGACUUUUGUAUGUUCCUCUGUUUCUUGUUGAUUCUUUAUUUUUAUUUACUUAUUUCUAAAAUGUGAUAAAUGGGCUCUUCAAAAAUGUAGUGCCUUGGUUGAACAACAUACAACAAAAAGAAGUUAUAGUGUGCCGUGUCCUUGUAGAAGUUCUCUUGUUGUUCGUGCAUAAUUUGGUACAUAAUGAUCUCAGUUUUCUUGUGAUUUAUGAAUGGGUUUGCUCAUAAAACAAUACAUAAUCCUGUGUACACAUAAUACAAAUCCAGAUUUAUCAUAUUUUCUGCGUUGUUAAAUUGUCUAAAUAAAAGUCACACCUGACUCAAA